GAGCCCUCGCUGGGCUGAGGAGUCCCUGCCCUGGUCCAGAGAUUCCUGGUUCUCACGCAGGAGGACUGAGAACAUCCCUGCUGGCCAUCAUCCACUGACAGCAUCUCCCGGCAGAGCCCCAUUCCACCAUGGCCCGUCCCUCUGGCCUCCUCACCAGCUCCAAAGAGCCCGUGCCCCUCAAGAGCAUCUCCGUGGCCGUGGCCAUCCAGGGGUUCGUGGCGGACGUGACGGCGACGUUGCGCUACAAGAACGAGGAGCAGAGCCCCGUGGAGUCGGUCUUCGUGUUCCCCGUGGACGAGGACUCGGCCGUGUACGGCUUCCAGGCCGAGGUGGACGGGAAGACCAUCGUGGCUGAGAUGCAGGAGAAGCAGCAGGCCCAGAUGAGCUAUGAGGACGCGGUGGCCCAGGGCCAGGAAGCUUUCCUGUUGGAGCGGGACCCCAGCUCCGGGGACGUGUUCAGCUGCAGCGUGGGCAACCUGCCGCCCGGCCAGGAGGCGAAGCUCAGCGUGAGCUACGUGCAGGAGCUGCCGCUGGAGCCCGACGGGGCCACGCGCUUUGUGCUCCCCGCCGUGCUCAACCCGCGCUACGUCCCCACCGGAGCGACCGAGGCCAGUGGCAUCACGUCUCAGGUCCCCCGGGCUGCCCGCGGCGAGCUGCCCUAUACGCUGAGCCUCAGCGCCAACAUCCACUCCCCGUAUGGCAUCGAGAAGGUCCAGUCCAACUUCACUCUGGGGCCCCUGCGGUACCUUGGGGCGGACCAGGCAGAGGCCCAGGUCUCCCUGGCGGAAGGGCAGCAGUUCGAGCGGGACGUGGAGCUCCUGGUGUACUACAAGCAGGUGAACACGCCCAGCGUGUGCGUGGAGGCCUCUCAGCCCGGGGCCCAACCAGGCUCGCUGAUGGGGGAGGCCGCGGUGAUGGUGAGCUUCUACCCCAGCAUCCCCGACCCCAAGGAGCAGGCCACGACCGGGGAGUUCAUCUUCGUCCUGGACCGCUCGGGGAGCAUGUCGUGUCCAAUGUCCGGCGAGCUCCAUUCCCAGCUGCGCAUAGACAGUGCCAAGGAGACGCUGCUUGUGCUGCUGAAGAGUUUACCCCUUGGCUGCUUCUUCAAUGUCUACGGGUUCGGCACCAUUUUUGACUCCUUCUUCCCGGACAGCGUGGAGUACACGCAGCAGUCCAUGGAGGAGGCCGUGCAGAGGGUAAAGUGUCUGCGCGCCAACUUGGGGGGGACGGAAAUCUUAGCACCCCUGAAGAGCAUCCUCAGCAAUGCCUGCAGGCCGGAACAUCCCCGGCAGCUCUUCAUCUUCACGGACGGAGAAGUGGAGAACACGGAGGAGGUGAUAGCCGAAGUCCGGCGCCACAGCCUGACCCACAGGUGCUUCUCCUUCGGCAUGGGGGAAGGAGCCUCCACCGCCCUCAUAAAGGGCAUCGCGCGGGCCACGGGAGGCAGCGCAGAAUUCAUCACGGGGAGCGACCGGAUGCAGCCCAAGGCUCUCCAGUCCCUGAAGCGUUCCCUGCAGCCCGCGGUGCAGAACGUCUCUUUGAACUGGACCCUGCCCCCCGGGCUGGAGCCCGUCCUGCUGUCCCCAACCCCCAGCGUCAUCUUCGGGGGUCGGAGGUCUAUCGUCUACGCCCAGCUAAUGGGGAAGCAGCCGCCGUCAGGGAGCACGGGCUCCGUGUGUCUCCGGUUCACGCUCAGGGGUCAGGCCCUUGAGAACACGCUACCAUUCGUCCUGCAGCCCGACUCGGAUGCCAAACUGACUGUUCACCGCCUGGCCGCCAAGGCCCAGCUCCAGACCCUGGAUGCUUCCGGCCGCCGAGCCUCGGACGAAGAGAAGGCGAAGGUGGUGGCGGUCAGCAUCCAGUCCGGCGUGGUCUCCUCACUCACGGCCUACGUGGCCAUCCACAAGGAGCUCGGCCAGCCCCUCCAGGGGCCCCUGGUGCGGAGGGAUGUGCCACUCACAGCCUUCUGUUUUUCAGCUGCCCCCUCCCCUGCCACGGUCGUGGAUAACUUCAUAGUUGGCCACAGUUAUUUCGCUGCCCCAAGAUGGACAAGAAGGGCCACAAUGGACGCCUUAUUCUCUUGCUGUAAACUCAUUGAUUUAAAUGAUGAAACGGACUCUUCUCUCAUGGAAUCCUGCCAGUCUCCGAGCCCAGCCCCCCUUCUCCAGCUGAUUUCUCUGCAGAAGGCAGAUGGCUCCUGGGCACUGGAUGGAGCUCUGGCCUCUGUCCUGGGGGUGAAGGAAAAGGAGGUGUCCUCUUCGCUCCCUGGACAGGGCGUGGACACUGCGGUCUGGGCCACCGUCCUGGCUGUGGUCUGGCUGCACAGCACCGAAGGGGACCGGAGGGAUGAGUGGGAAUUACUGGAAGGCAAGGCCGUGGCCUGGCUCCGUGCCAAAGCAGGUGCCCACCUGGUCGAGUGUCUCCGGGCUGCCAACACCCUGUUGAAGGCAUCUGUGGCUCCUGCCGUCUUCGGUCUGUGAGGGGACACAGACACCAGGACACCCUCAGAUCUCCUCCAACUGCCGCUCCUUCCCCUGCCUGGCCUCUCCUGGGGGAAGGGGAGCUCUGGGCCCACCGACUUCCCUGUACCCCUUUCCCCCCGCCCUGCCUUGCUCCAUCCCAUUCUCCGCUCUCUGCCCAGCUCCCAAUUCUGCCCCAUUCCCAAGUCUGCCCCAUUCUGAGCUCCUGCUCACUGUGGGUGGCUGAGGAGAUUUUCUCCUGAGCUGGUAUCAGCAUUGGUUCCCGUGAUGCUGACCGGUCUGCUCCCAUUUGGACCUUCAGUGGGGGAAUGUUUGAGCCUGAUAUGGGGGGCUUCCUAUGCCCUCGCCCCAGCAGAAGUUCCUAGCCCUCUUUAGGCCAUCAGGCCGGCCCAGUACAGACCACAAACUGAGUCCCAGAAUCAGGGGCUGCCCGGGUUGUGCUGCCAACCUCCUGGCCCAGGCCUCCCCCGACCCACCCCGGCAAGGGGCUGGGCAUCUCUGGGGCAUCUAGCCUGCUGGUGCCUCGGGGGAGACAGCUGCUGGGUGCCUUAAAGCCAAUGGCCAAGUGUCUUUGCUUGAUGCGGAGAACAAUAGACAACACUUAGAAUAUUUUGAUUCGGGGGAGAGACAUUUAAAGAAUGUGUUUCAGAAAACCGGUCCAGGCAGCAGGGUGAAGUACGGACUUGAGAGAAGAGAGGCUGGAGGUGGGACGUCAAAGAGGAGGCUGAUG